GUUUUUUGCCUGCCCUGAUCAGGAGCUCCGCCAAGCUGACCUAAAAAAUUUCUCGAUUUUUAUAUUAAUCUAGUCCUAUUUCUUAAACUUUUUAUAGUAUUUAUAGUAGCUGAUAGUAUAUUAUAAUAUUCUCAUUCGAAACGCUUUUUAUAACACUAGUUUUAUUUUAUUUUGUUCUAGAACACCCGCUUCUAGCCGGUUAGCCCAUUAGCAUCGCUAGCCCGUUAGCACAGCUACCACAAGUUUGUUUACGCUUCUCACCGAUUAUUUCUGUUACACUACUGCUCUAAAACACCAUGUCGGUUGUGUGUCUGCCUUUGAGUGCAGGUGAGGAUACACCCGAGCUGCACUCGGUGGAUCUGGAGUUGGAGGCCGUGGAGAAACAGAUCCGCGACCUACAGGUGAAGCAGGCCCAGCUGCGACAGCGGAAAGCCGUGCUGGAAUCGUCCCGGACUGACGCUCACCUGUCCCAGGUAAAUCCGCGGCGGGAAACAAACACUCCCAAAACCUCAACUCCGCGUAUUUCUCUGUCCAGGCCUAGUGCACCAAGGUCGCGGCCCGCCCAGGUUUCGUUCACUCCGGCACCGGGGUACCACGGAGCCUGGAUGCAGCAGCAGCGGAAGACACGAGCCAGGACCCGGGCGAGGACCUCUCCCCCUCCGCCGCCACCCGUUUUCGAGAUCUCGACCAGGAACCGCUUCGCUCCACUUCGCGAGUCGGAAAGCGACGCGGUGAUCAUCGGAGACUCCAUCGUCCGGCACGUCCGUGCUACCACGGCUAAAGGUAAGGUGCGCACUCGCUGUUUUCCUGGUGCUCGUGUUCUCGAUGUCGCUGCACAGGUACCCGCGAUCCUGAAUGGGAAGAACAUCGGAGCUGUGGUCCUCCAUGCUGGCACGAACGACACCAGGCUGAGGCAGACGGAGAUCCUGAAGAAGGACUUCAGAAGCCUGAUUGAGAAGGUACGCAGCACAUCGCCCACGACGAGGAUCAUCGUGUCAGGACCGCUUCCCACGUUCCAGCGAGGAAUUGAGAGGUUCAGUAGGCUAUUUGCUUUUAAUGAAUGGUUACAGUCAUGGUGUCAAGACCAGAAAUUACCCUUUAUUGAUAACUGGAAUAUUUUCUGGGAGCGUCCUAGGCUCUACCACACUGACGGCCUGCACCCAAGCAGAGCUGGAGCAGCGGUCCUCUCGGACAACAUCUCUAGGACACUACGCACCAUCUGACUGGAGUAGAUCUGGGGGACUCGUGGAUGUUGAGUUUUAUCUCCACACAGUGACUGUGAGUGUACCUAACCACUUUCCUUCUCCUUCUGCCGAGCUACACUCCUGAGCUGCCGGUGAUCCAGACCUCCCCCCCUUCACUCUGGACCUGUCCACUGGCAAUGCUUCAUACUGCCACGAAAACGCUUCAGCUGUUUUCCAUGGACUACACCAACACACAUUGUGCUCACACACACGCACACUACAGUGUAAACCCAUAUGAGGAUGGGUUCUCUGUUGAGCCUGGUUCCUCUCAAGGUUUCUUCCUAUCACCAUCUCAGGGAGUUUUUCCUUGCCACCGUCGCCCUGCUUGCUCAUCAGAGACGGCACACACACACACUUCACUUUACUUUUGUUUGUGUAAAGCUGCUUUGAGACAAUGACCUUUGUAAAAAGCGCUAUACAAAUAAAAAUGAAUUGAAUUGAAUUGAA